AUGCAGUACCGCGGCGCUCUCGCGCUCGCAUUGUUGGCGCUGUGCCUGAACCCCGCCCUGGGCAAGGCAAAGGAGGAGAAGAAAGAGGAGAAGAAGAAGGAGGGCCCCGUAAUCGGUAUCGACCUGGGUACCACCUACUCGUGUGUGGGUGUGUACAAGAACGGCAAGGUGGAGAUCAUCGCUAACGACCAGGGCAACCGCAUCACCCCCUCCUACGUCGCCUUCACCGACACCGAGCGCCUGGUGGGAGAUGCGGCCAAGAACCAGGCCACCGUCAACCCCAAGCGCACCAUCUACGACGUCAAGCGCCUGAUCGGCCGCAAGUUUAGCGACCGCGAGGUGCAGCGCGACGCCAAGCUGGUGUCCUUUGAUGUGGUGGACAAGGCCUCCAAGCCCCACAUCUCCGUGGACCUGCCUGACGGCCCCAAGUCCUUCUCCGCGGAGGAGAUCAGCGCCAUGAUCCUGACCAAGAUGAAGGAGACGGCGGAGGGGUACCUGGGCCGGCCCGUCUCCCGCGCCGUGGUCACCGUCCCCGCCUACUUCAACGAUGCGCAGCGCCAAGCGACCAAGGAUGCGGGCGUGAUCGCGGGGCUGACCGUGGAGCGCAUCAUCAACGAACCCACCGCCGCUGCCAUCGCGUACGGGCUGGACAAGAAGUCCAAGGAGCAGAACAUCCUGGUGUUCGACCUGGGCGGCGGCACCUUUGACGUGUCCAUCCUGACCAUCGACGGCGGCGUGUUUGAGGUGCUGAGCACAUCGGGCGACACCCACCUGGGCGGCGAGGACUUUGACCAGCGCGUCAUGGAGUACUUCAUCAAGCUGAUCAAGCGCAAGUACAAGAAGGACGUGUCGGGGGACAGCCGCGCGCUGCAGAAGCUGAGGCGCGAGGCGGAGCGCGCCAAGCGUGCGCUUUCCUCCCAGCAUCAGGUCCGCGUGGAGAUCGAGAGCCUGGUGGACGGCGUCGACCUGUCGGGUGCGUUGUGCGAGCCCCUGACGCGCGCACGCUUCGAGGAGCUGAACGCCGACCUGUUCAAGAAGACCAUGGGACCGGUGCGCAAGGCGCUGGAGGACGCAGGCCUGAAGAAGGAGGACAUCGACGAGAUCGUGCUGGUGGGCGGCUCCACCCGCAUCCCCAAGGUCCAGUCCAUGAUCAAGGACUACUUCAAUGGCAAGGAGCCCAACAAGGGCGUCAACCCCGACGAGGCCGUGGCCUACGGCGCGGCAGUCCAGGGGGGCAUCCUGUCUGGCGACGGCGGCGACGAGGUCAAGGACAUCCUGCUGCUGGAUGUGUGCCCGCUGUCGCUGGGCAUCGAGACGGUGGGCGGCGUGAUGACCAAGCUCAUCCCGCGCAACACGGUGAUCCCCACCAAGAAGAGCCAGACCUUCACCACCUACCAGGACCAGCAGACGACGGUGGGCAUACAGGUGUACGAGGGUGAGCGCGCGAUGACCAAGGACAACCACCAGCUGGGCAAGUUCGAGCUGAACGGCAUCCCCCCCGCGCCGCGCGGCCAGCCCCAGAUCGAGGUGUCCUUUGAGAUCGACGCCAACGGCAUCCUCAAUGUGGCCGCGGUGGAGAAGGGGACGGGCAAGUCGGAGAAGAUCACCAUCACCAACGACAAGGGGCGGCUGAGCCAGGAGGAGAUCGACCGCAUGGUGGAGGAGGCGGAGGAGUUUGCGGAGGCGGACAAGAAGGUCAAGGCCCGGAUCGACGCGCGCAACUCGCUGGAGGCGUACCUGUACUCCACCAAGGCGGCGCUGGACGACAAGCUGAAGGGCAAGCUGGACAAGGCCGACACCGACGCGGUGGCCUCCGCGGUGGGCGACGCGCUGGAGUGGCUGGAGGACAAUGGCGAGGCGGAGGCGGAGGAGUACGAGGACAAGCUCAAGUCGGUGCAGGACGCGGUGGCGCCGGUCCUGGCCAAGGCCAAGGCCGCGGCAGGGGACGACGACGACGACCUGGGCGACCACGACGAGCUCUGA